AGAAUUCAAAUGCCACCAGUACAGGACAGUGCCUUCUGAAGUGAAUUCGGCGAUUUCGGAAGAAUAGCAACAGAAAGAUGAAGUGGGCCGUUGCAGUGAGUCUGAUGGCGCUCGUGGCCUCCGUCCUGGGACAGACGGACGAACCCUUCCCUUGUUGUAUUAGCAGACAGUUCGAAGCCGUCUUGGUUCAGUUUGGAGGAACUGCUGUAGGUGGAAGAGGUCAACUGAUCGAGAAUUACUACAUGAUUUUCUUUGACCACGAUGCCAAGAUCUUGAGGGUAAACUCCCUUCUGACUGGAGCCACCCCUGAUGCUACCACCGCGGGUUAUAUAAUUGACGACUACAAGUCGGGAAAGAGAUACAUGGUGGAUUCGAACAACACAUGUUACGUCUCUCCUGUCGCCACAGCAAUGCCAGAGCCGUGUGUGCCAAGUAACGCCACGUACAUAGGUAAGGGUGUGCUUGGGUACGGAAGCGAUUCACUGAGGGUCAACUCCUGGCAGUACAUUGAGACUUCCACUGGUCUGAGCGCCAGGGCUGCUAUCACGGAUGACUGCGUUCCGGUUCUGCAGAUUGUUACCGGGGACAUAGGCGGAGCACCCACGGAGCUAACCAACAUCUUCAGCAACUUUAAGCCCAGCAUUACAAGCCGCUCUGUGUUCACUCUACCUGCUGCUGACACCUGCAAACCCUUGCCUACCGGCAGCCCUGCCGUGCCCGUUGGACGAAGAUCGCUGCUCUUCUAAUCUUCGUCACGUGAUAAGAUAUUCAAUUCUCAAGUAUUACCGACUGAGUGAUGACUGAAAAUGAUACAUGUACUGAUAUUUUGACUUUUUUAUUGGGAGAAAUGUUAUAGAAAUCUGUCAAACACAUUAAAAAAUAUU